AAAGUCUGCACCUUUGUUCCGACAAAACCAACAAGAAGAGUUAAACUGGGAAAGACUCUUCCUUUGAGCAAGUACAAGGCCCAUGGCAUCUCUAUGCUGCUCCACCACCACCAUAAUCCUCUCCGUGAAGUUUCCUCCAUCGAUCAGAACGCAUACUCAAUCCCCCAGACUAAACCGUUCAAAGACUCAGAAACAGAGGAUAACAGAGCGAAGAAGCUUGAUCGUUAGAUCAAUCACUGAAGACAGAGAAGCAAUCGAUGUGAAGAAGAGUGACACCUUCGAUCCACAAGAAGAACCAAAAGGAGAAGAAAUAGAUAGAGACACCGAUCGGCUGAUGAGUCGAGGGAUCAACGCAGCCAUAGUUCUCGCCGCCGGCACCGUUGCAGUCACCAAGCUUCUCUCCAUCGAUCAUGACUAUUGGCAUGGUUGGACUCUGUACGAGAUACUUAGAUACGCACCUGAACACAACUGGGUUGCGUAUGAGCAAAUCCUCAAAACAAACCCUGUUUUAGCGAAGAUGGCUAUCAGUGGAGUUGUGUAUUCUCUAGGAGAUUGGAUUGCACAAUGUUACGAAGGGAAACCUCUGUUUGAGUUUGAUAGAACUCGUGUUCUUAGAUCAGGUCUUGUUGGGUUCACUCUCCAUGGUUCGCUCUCUCAUUAUUACUACCAAUUCUGCGAGGCUCUGUUUCCUUUUCAAGAUUGGUGGGUAGUCCCUGCAAAAGUGGCCUUUGAUCAAACCGUGUGGUCAGCGAUUUGGAACACUAUCUACUAUACAGUCUUAGGCUUAUUGCGUUUCCAGUCACCAGCUAAGGUUUUCGGCGAAAUCAAGACCACGUUUUGGCCAAUGAUCACUGCAGGGUGGAAGCUUUGGCCAUUGGCUCACUUGGUUACAUAUGGUGUAAUUCCUGUAGACCAAAGGCUUCUUUGGGUUGAUUGUAUUGAACUCAUUUGGGUUACUAUACUGUCGACUUACUCAAAUGAAAAGGCAGAGGCGCAAACUAUAGGGGAAACAAACUCCAGUAGUACUGAGGACUAGGAGAUACUGCAUGUAGCUUCAAGUUUAUGGACUGCAAGCACAAAGUGAUGAAGAACAUCAAGAAUAGUUUUUUUCUCUUAAAUAAGAUAGGAAUUUAAAUACAGAAAUUUGAAACAUGUAUAUAUACAUUUGAUUCCAAGAGAGAAAAUCUAUUGUGUAAUACAUCAAACACAAACACCAGCCGAUAAAUAGAACAGAUUCAGCGACU